AUGGUCACUGAGAGUCCUGAAGAGGAGGGCGAUGAAGGCUUUAUGGAGGAGUUCUUGUGCGCUGUGAGCGGCGAGCUUGCCUACGAGCCCUGCUGCCUCUCCAGCGGAACACUUGUCAGCGUGCGGAACAUCCCGACUGGUGGCUUCACGAAGGACCUCAAAUACAGCACCUCGCGACGUAGCCGGCAUGAGAGUUUUGGUCGACAAGUCAGGCGAUCUUUGUGGGCAGCUCACACUUUGCGCCGCAGGUGCACCUGGCGGGCACAACAAAUAUUUCAGCGAGGUUCCAGGUGGAGGCCCGGGUUGUGA